GUACUAAAACAACUUCCUGCAAAACAUGAUGAGGUUAAAUUAUGUCCAAUGGCAGAGGCACAAUACAAAGAAUAUACCAACUUAGUUGCAGAAUUAUCCAGUAAAGUUAAGAAAAGUACAGAAGAGAAAGUACACACAAAUGGUAUAGGAAUGAUGAUGGAAUUAAGGAAAUUAGCUAAUCAUCCUUUAUUAAUUAGGAGGUUGUACACGGAAGAUAAACUUCAGCAAAUGGCCAAAUUAAUGCUAAAGGAACCAACUCAUUGUGAUGCAAAUCCUGAACUAAUUUUAGAAGAUAUGCUUCCUAUGUCUGAUUUUCAAUUACACAAGCUCUGCCAUCAAUAUAAAACUGUUUCAUCAUUUAAAUUAAGUCCUGAAACAAUAGUGAGUUCUGGUAAAUUUCAAAUGUUAGAUAGCUUUAUACCUGAGCUAAAACAAAAUGGUGAUAGAAUUUUAUUAUUUAGCCAGUUCACAAUAAUGUUAGACAUCUUAGAAGAAUACAUGAAUAUCAGAAAUUACAGGUUUCUACGAAUGGAUGGCUCAAUACCUGUUGCAGAUAGGCAACCACUCAUAGAUGAAUUUAAUGAAACUCCAGAAAUACUGGUGUUUCUAUUGUCUACUCGAGCUGGAGGACUUGGCAUCAAUCUGACCGCUGCAAAUGUCGUCGUAAUUCACGACAUAGAUUUCAAUCCAUACAAUGAUAAACAGGCAGAAGACAGAUGUCACAGAGUUGGACAGACCAGAGAAGUUCGGGUCAUUAGAAUGAUUAGUGAAAAAACAAUCGAAGAAAACAUUCUUCGAUGUGCUCAAGAUAAACUGAAGCUAGAAAGAGAUAUUACUGCUGAUAAUGAAGAAAGUGAAGACCCAGUGAGUGUAGAUAAAUUAUUACGAUCUGCCUUAGGACUAUAAAAAGAUUAUGGGGAUCAUUUGCCAUCUAUUAUAAUCACAACUGGGAGGGACCAUUCUUAUACCAUGUUAUUAUAAACUGUUUUGAAGUUUCAACAAGUUGUACAAGCAAAAGUUUCUCUGGAAAAAAGAAAUAUUUCAGUGUUUCAAUCAAUGAAAGGAAGGAUCUUUCAGAUGAGAUAUUUUAAAACUUGUGUCUGUCUCAUAAGCAUGCAAAAUUUAAUCUUGUACACAAAGUGGUGACAAAAUAUAAUUUAUCUAGUAUUGUAAUUAUCGUGAAGGUGGCAUGUUUGGUUUGAGUAUCAUCUAAGGUAGCACUCAUCUCAAAUAAUUCAAUGAAGGUUUUAUUUUAUACUUUAAGAAAAAAAUAAAUAAAUUUUGUCUCAGCA